AUGCCGUCAAGCAGCAACAGCCUCUACGGUUUCAGAUUCAGAGUGUGGCAGCGACGCCAUAGCCCACCCAUCAACGAUCUCUCGCACGCGCACCCCCACAUGCCGGACGAGGUUCCCAUCGAAUUUCACGUCACCGACUGCCAGGAAAUCAAGAAAUUCAUCGGCGAUGACGAUCGUCCAGUGUCCAUAGCGCUGACGCGGUCUCCUACGCGAUCAAGAACCUUCUGGGUCCCCAAACGCGCGGCUCUGUUGUGCGAUGGUGGAGCUUGCAUGUUGUCCUUGCUUUCGGAUGUGGGUGCCCCCGCAGACCACCGCGAAGCUGUUCUGCGAGAUAUCUCAUUGGCGGCCGCCGCUCGAUCCCCCGGGACGGAAACGUCGGCUAUCGUGGUAACCCUUGAACACAUGUCUAUGGUUUUUGUGGAGGUUGAUGACGAUGAGUCCGAGAACGUUCUGGAUAUAGUUUUGAGGGAGUCCAUGGCGGUCGAUGUGCUGAGACCCAUCCCGGCCACUCGAUCUGCGAUUGAGCGGUUGGAGAAGGUAACAUUUGAAGAUGGGUUUGAGUCCAUCGCAGAGUGCAUCAUUUGCACGGAGGAAUUUAACGCUGGGCUCGAACUCACUCGGCUGCCGUGCUCCCAUGUCUAUCACGGAGAUUGCAUUGUCAAGUGGCUGGAAGCGAGUCACUUCUGUCCCCUCUGCCGCUACCCAUUGCCCCAUGUCCAUUGAGAUUGGCAAGGAUUUUAGUUUCUUUCUCAGUUUUUUUCCCCUUUUGUAGGGUUUCAUUUUCAAUUAGUUUUUAAUAGGAAUUAUAACUUUUUAUGCAAUUUUUGGUUUCUUUAUU